AUGGCUACCUCUCUCCCCAGCUACCCUCCCCUCACGGAGCGCCCUCUGAAGAACACCAUCUGCCUCUUUGACGUCGACGGCACCCUCACUCCCGCUCGUCUGGCCGCCUCCCCGGAGAUCCUCGACCUCCUCGCCCGCCUCCGCCAAAAGUGCGCCAUCGGCUUCGUCGGCGGCUCCGACUACUCCAAGCAGCAAGAGCAGCUCGGCAACGCCACCACCCCCGUCACCACCCUCUUCGACUUCUGCUUCUCCGAGAACGGCCUGACGGCCUACAAGCUCGGCCAGCCCCUCGCCUCCAACAGCUUCAUAAAGUACAUUGGCGAGGACCAGUACAAGGAGCUCGUCCGCUUCGCCCUCCACCACAUCGCCGACCUCGACAUCCCCAUCAAGCGCGGCACCUUUAUCGAGUUCCGCAACGGCAUGGUCAACAUCUCCCCCAUCGGCCGCAACGCCUCCAACGAGGAGCGCCAGGCCUUCGAGGCCUACGACAAGAUCCACAACGUCCGCCGCGACUUCGUCGCCAAGCUCCGCGAGAAGUUUGGCCACCUGGGCCUGACGUUCAGCAUCGGCGGCCAGAUCUCGUUCGACGUCUUCCCCACCGGCUGGGACAAGACGUACUGCCUCCAGCACCUCGAGAGGGAGGCGGAGAAGGAGGGCGGCGUCAAGUACGAGCAGAUUCACUUCUUUGGCGACAAGACGGCCGAGGGCGGAAACGACUACGAGAUUUACGUCGACGAGCGCACCAUUGGUCACUCUGUUACCGGCCCCGAGGAUACCAUUCGCAUCCUCAAGGAGACGUUUGACUUGUGA